AUGGAUCCAGCCAGAAACACCCUGCCCCACUAUCAUCAUAAAUUUGCGCUGGAUGACACCUUCUACGGAAUGGACGAGGAAGACAGUCGCUUCCUCAAGGAACGCACAGGUAUACAGGAUGAUGCGGCGUUGAAAGAGUAUGUCAUGUCGGUAGCUAGGGAAGCGUAUGUGGUCUAUCCAUACCCCUGUAUACGAAGGUUCAACUUCACGAGGCUAAACAUAUCGCGCCAUUCCGCAUAUGAGGACUUCCUCAAGCUCGGGAAGAAUAAGAAGGACGCCAUUUUCCUUGAUAUUGGGUGUGCGUUUGGGAACGAUGCGAGGAAACCCGCAGUGGAUGGUUGGCCGGCGCAAAAUAUUGUUGCCUCGGAUCUGGUGCCGAAAUUCUGGGAGCUAGGCUACAAACUAUUCAACGACUCUCCCUCCUCUUUUCCUGCUCAUUUCGUCCCAGGCGACGUAAUGGACCCGUCUUUCCUGGCGUCCAACUCAGCCCCUACUGAGUAUCUCGAUCUUACGUCUCUCACGUCUCUGAACCCCCUCAUUCAGCACACCACCGCGAUCUACGCGUCUUUCUUCUUCCAUCUGUUCAAUGAACCUCAGCAACUCCAUCUUGCUCAAUGUCUUGCUUCUCUUCUCUCUUCCACUCCUGGGUCGAUGAUCUUUGGAAAACAUGGCGCGAAGCCUGGUGAGAAAGGGCUGAGGCACAAACCCAUUAGCAGCAGUGAUGGGAAAGGGGUGGCGAUGUUUUGCCAUUCGCCAGAGAGUUGGAAGGAGCUUUGGGAGAGUAUCUUUGGGGUAGGGAAUGUCAAAGUGGAGGCGAAACUAGAGGAAGUGGUUAGGGACGAAUACAGGAGGGAGGUGGAGGAGAUGAGGGACCUGAGGUUCUAUUUCAUGGAGUGGAGUGUUAUCAGAUUGUAA